UUUCACCUAUGGCCCCGCCCACACGCACACAUGGUCCGAGUCACAUGACACUGAGCUCCGUUACCUCCCCCCGGUUCAGACAGACUGGCUAAACGGAGCGAGGCUACCCGUUAGCUUCAACUGUCAAGACGGCGAGAUGAGUUUCCUGGGUGGUUUGUUUGGGCCGGUAUGUGAGAUAGAUGUAUUGCUUAAUGAUGCAGAGAACAGAAAGACGGCUGAGCUGAAGACAGAAGAUGGUAAAGUUGAGAAACACUACCUGUUCUAUGAUGGAGAAUCUGUGUCUGGCAAGGUAAAUCUAAAUGUGAAGCAGGGAGGAAAGCGGCUGGAGCAUCAGGGCAUCCGCAUUGAAUUUGUAGGACAGAUUGAGUUGUUCUCUGAUAAGAGCAACACCCAUGAGUUUGUGGACUUGGUCAAAGAGCUGGCUUUACCUGGAGAACUCACCCAGAACAGAAGCUACGACUUCGAGUUCAUGCAGGUGGAGAAGCCCUAUGAGUCCUACACCGGAGCGAACGUCAGGCUAAGAUAUUUCCUCAGGGUGACAAUAGUUCGUCGUCUGUCCGACUUAGUGAAGGAGUAUGAGUUAAUUGUCCAUCAGUUAGCCACCUACCCAGAUGUUAACAACUCGAUCAAGAUGGAGGUUGGCAUAGAAGACUGUCUUCACAUUGAGUUUGAAUAUAAUAAAUCCAAAUACCACCUGAAGGAUGUGAUUGUUGGAAAGAUUUACUUUCUCCUGGUCAGGAUCAAGAUCCAGCACAUGGAGCUACAGCUUAUCAAGAAGGAGAUAACAGGCAUAGGACCCAGUACUACCACAGAGACUGAGACUGUUGCAAAGUAUGAGAUCAUGGACGGUGCUCCAGUAAAAGGAGAAUCAAUUCCGAUAAGACUCUUCCUGGCAGGAUACGACUUGACACCUACAAUGAGGGAUGUCAACAAAAAGUUUUCGGUGCGCUACUUCCUCAAUCUGGUGCUAGUGGAUGAAGAGGACAGAAGAUACUUCAAACAACAGGAGAUUGUUUUGUGGAGAAAAGCUCCAGAGAAGCUGAGGAAAAGAAACUUCCACCAGCGCUACGAGUCGCCCGAGUCCCGAAGCCAGCCAGUUAACGCAGAGCAGCCAGAGAUGUGAAGACCAGACUAUAAACUGAAAAAUACACACAGACACAUCGCAGCUCUUCACUGCUGAACAGCCAGAGGUGUGAGGGCUGCCCCACUGUCUCCAUGGACUGAGAAAAGUCUGUAAACAUAAAUACACAUAAAAA